AUGUUUCUUCUAAUUCAAAUAAAAAAAUACGAAAUUCGAUAUAUUUGCCGUAUAUUUGAACGCGAUAUUUCAAAUGAUUUAUUUGUUGAACACCGUGAAUAUGAAACAAAUCUUUAUGGAACAUCAAAAUCAGCUAUUGAAAUACGUUCAGAUCAAUUAAAUAAAAUUUGUAUACUUAAUUUAUUAUUAUAUAUUAUUUAUAUGAAAAUUCCAUCAACUAUUGAAAAAUUAAGAGAAUAUUUUUAUGUUAAUGAACAACAAUGGAUUAAAAUUGAACAAAAUUAUUCAUAUUUAUUUGAUAAAAUUAUUUGUUUAAAUGAUUCAUUUGAUUCAAUUGUUUUACAAUUCAAAUUUUUAAUUAAACAUGUACAAAUUAAACCUAUGUGGGUUUUCUCCUAG